AUGGAUUAUUUCUAUAGCUUUGGUGUGGCAAUCAUACAGCACCUGCAGAGCAACUACAGGGGAUGCCACGACUUCCUUAACUUCAUGUCAACAGUGGGUGACCCACGUAAUAUUUUCUCUGUUUAUUUCCCUCUCUGGUUCCAUCUCAGCCAUAAUGUUGGCACCAAGAUGAUAUGGGCAGCUGUUAUUGGAGACUGGUUCAAUCUCAUUUUCAAAUGGAUACUGUUUGGGCAGCGACCUUACUGGUGGGUGCAAGAAACUCACUUCUACCACAACGACUCAGCACCACAUUUGGACCAGUUUCCCAUAACAUGUGAAACAGGGCCAGGUAGUCCGUCCGGUCACGCCAUGGGCUCCUCGUGUGUGUGGUACGUGAUGAUUACUUCUGCUCUGGACUCUACCAAGCACUCCAACGUCUCUAACGUUCAUAGGCUUCGCCUCCUGAGGUUUUGCUUGUGGGCUGCUUUUUGGGCCAUUCAGUUAAGCGUUUGCGUCUCCAGGGUUUUUAUUGCCACACACUUCCCACAUCAAGUUAUCCUCGGUCUUUUCGCUGGCGUGCUAGUUGCUGAGGCGUUUGACCACAUCCCGUCUGUCUACAAUGCAAGCCUGAAAGUGUACCUGCAGGCCAACAUUUUUCUUUUCUCUUUUCCUGUCUGCUUUUUUUUCCUUCUCGUACUGAUGGACUGCGAUCCUCUGUGGUCAGUCGCUAAAGCCAAGGAGUGGUGUGCCAGCCCAGAAUGGAUCCAUCUCGACACCACACCUUUUGCAGGUCUGGUGAGAAACCUGGGAGCCCUGUUUGGCCUGGGCCUGGCCGUGAACUCUGAGAUGUUCGUUCAGAGCUGUAAAGGGAAGAACGGCUCCAAAAGCAUAUUUAAAGUCACGUGCGUGACCGCGACUCUCGCAUUUUUGCAGCUGUACGACUUAAUUAAAAUGCCCACCGACAGCGAAGUUCUGUUCUGCGUGCUGUCGUUUUGUAAAAGUGCUUCAAUACCUCUCGGUGUGGUUGCCGUCAUUCCUUACUGCGUCCAUUUGCUGAUGAGAGAUGAGGAGAGGAAGCUGGAUUAG